UGAUAAGUGAACCUGGGCACUCGGGGGACAACCUGGGACGUGAUAUGUCCCCGUCCCAUUUCCUACACCCCGACUACAUGGUGGCCCCGAAUACGGGCCUUAAAAGGCAUCGAGCUAGCAUGAAUACCAACUCGUCGGUAUCGACGGCGUUCUUGGGUGUCGACCUUUCAAAGAGACCGAAGUUAUCCCUUUCUAUUUUCGACUCCCGUUCGGGCGUGGCUCCGAGUUCUGCCAGCACCGCCCCGUCUGAAGUGAGCAACAAUGGCGGCCAUGCUUCCUCAAGCUUACCCAAAACCUUAUUUGCGCCGAGACGGUUCGAGGAGGAGCUCGCUGAACAUGGCUAUCCGGAGGACGUUCUCUUGCGCAUUGUGCCGGACCGAAGGAAGCUGUUCGCCAUUCUGACACUGAUUGACAAGGGCGAUUUGAUUAUCAAGCUCGUCCAGGAGGGCAUCGACGACGGCCAUCUUCCCUUCGACGUGGACCCUGUCAUAGGCUCCCUGUCAUGUCAAGUCAGAGGGGAUGAAGGGGCGCACAAGACAUACGAAAUCAAAGAUUUUGCAUUGUCUCCCGGAGGAGAUUCGUGGUGGAAGCCGCGCGACAGCGACUUGUUUUUUAACUACCAGUGGCAACUGCUGGCUCCGCACUUCGACAUGCUCUGUCCUUACGACGAUAAGUGUCCGACAACCAGACGACCCACAAACUACAGAUUCAGGCCAGAAGAAAUACUGCCCUUCAUCAAGCCUAUUAGUGAGGAAUGGGAACCAGUUGAGCAGCCCGGUGGCUUUUCUGUGAUGAAAAAGGUGCAUAUUCACCCGGCUCAUCGAAGCUACUGCGGACUUGAACGUUGUAAGGUCGCGUCUCUCGAGACCAACUAUGCCGUAAAGUCCAUCCACAAAUGUUACAAGCCAGCCGACGUACAAAGCGAAAUCAACAGCCUAAAGCGCUUUGACGGGAAGAAACACCGGGACCGCCUCGUUCGGCUCCUCUGCACUUUUGAGUACAACGAACAAACCCAUCUGGUCUUCCUCUGGGCCGAUGGCGGGAACCUGGAAGACCUUUGGCAGAAGCAUUUCCCUGAUAUCAACAAUCCACAGCGCAGCUAUGACCUCGCCAAGUGGGUUGCUGGCGAAACUUUGGGUAUUACCCAGGGGUUACACCUCAUCCAGCACCCGGGCCCUUCUUCGGCAACCGACGAGCAAACCGAAGGGGGGGACGGCGAAAUCAAACCCGAGAACAUCUUGUAGUUCUCUAACGAUGGUCCCAACAUGGGGACACUUAAAUCUCAGACUUUGGCCUGGCUGACUUCCACCGCAAGGCAAGCGUGUCCAAGGUCUGAGCCGACACUAUCGGCCAGACGCCAACAUACCGCCCGCCCGAGUGCGAGAUACAAGGAGGCUACGUCUCCCAGUCGUACGAUACCUGGUCACUGGGUUGCGUGCUUCUGCAGUUUGUGAGGUGGUAUGUUGAGGGCUGGGGGGGGGGGGGUGGAUGAGUUUUCGAAAAGGCGUUCAGAAGCCUCCCCUCCACGCCAGGUUCGUGACCAAGAUGUGCCUAGGGAUAUGUUUUACGCACUAUCACAAC